CCUGUCUUCUGGUCUAUGACCCAAACAGUCACCAAAGCAGCACUUUCAUUCACUCCCUCUCUGUCUGUCCAUGCGCUGUCUCAGAGGUCAUCAUGGGAAUCGUUAAUCUAGGGUAUCCAAGUAUCUUCUUCUGUGUGUUAUAUGCGUUGCCGAUGGCGACAGCAUUUAACAUGGAGACGGUGGCAUGGAGACGGAUGAGUAUGCCGACAUCGUCGUUUGGCUACAGGGUGACUCAGGAGGACGUUUCAAGUCUGCUAGUGAGCGCUCCAUUGGAGCAGUAUGAGGAGGACAUGAGAGGACGGGUUUACAAGUGUCAGCUUCCAGCGGGCACCUGCUCACCUCUAAACAUCAACGUACCCAGUUUCGCAGUAAACAUGUCGCUUGGCCUCACGAUGACCAGGAGUGAUAUCGGCAGAAAGACAGUGGUGUGUGGGCCCACCAUCCCUAAAGAGUGCGACCGGAUCACUCUCUAUAGCGGAAUGUGUUUCGGCCUCUCCAACAGUGGCAGACCGGAAGGGCCUGUGCCCUCCACUCUUGAAGAAUGCAAGGCCACAGACAUCGCCUUCCUGCUGGACGGCUCGGGGAGUGUGAAUAGUGAUGACUUCGUGGCCAUGAAAGAGUUUGUGAUAGACCUGAUGAGGAAGCUGCUGAAGAAGAACACGCGGUUUGCCAUUUCUCAGUAUUCCAGUUCAUGCAAAAUCCAUGUGAACUUCAACCAGUUUAGGAGCACGGGGAUGUGGGAGUUCCAGGUGAAAAGUAUUCGUCAGCUUGAAGGAGGAACCAACACCGCAGGAGCCAUCUCCAAGCUUGUAAAUGAGCUGUUUGUUCCCUCUGGAGGAGCGCGACCUCAGGCCAACAAGAUCCUCAUCGUCAUCACGGACGGGGAGUCACAAGAUGGCAUCAUGCUUCCCUCCGCCAUAGCCCGGGCCAACGCCAAGAACAUCAUCAGAUAUGCCGUAGGGGUUGGAGAAGCUUUUCGACGUCGUAGCGCGCGAGAGGAGCUCAACAAAAUUGCAUCAUCAGCAACAGAGCAUGUGUUUAAAGUGGACAGCUUUGCAGCCCUGGAGAAGAUCAGUAGCACUUUAGAGAAGAACAUUAUCGCCAUAGAAGGAACACAAACCACAGGCGACGCCACACAGAUGGAGUUUGCUCAGAGCGGGUUCAGCGCAGCAUAUGUGUCCACCCCUGCCAGCAAUUAUUUUCUUGGGACCGUGGGAGCAUACGGCUGGACGGGGGGGUUUCUCCAGAAAUCUGCUGGGUUCCUAAACCCCAACUUUGUAAAAGUUGAUCCGAUGUUACCUGACAGUUACCUGGGUUAUUCUAUGGACGUGGCCUGGAGAGACAAGAGGAACUACAUUAUACUGGGGGCGCCGCGAUACGAACACAAGGGCCUGGUGAUGGUCGUCAAUGGCGACAACAGCAACAUCAAACAGACUCUGAAACAGUCCCCAGGACAGAUUGGUUCCUACUUUGGAGCGGAGGUGCGUGCGGUAGACACAGACGGAGACGACAUCUCUGACCUGAUUCUGGUCUCUGCUCCCAUGCACAUGGAAGACGAGCAAGAGGGCAAAGUCUUUGUCUACCAGUUCAAGACAGAGUACUUCUACAGUGUGGUGUCUGACACUGGUGUGUCCCUGCUGGGGAUGGAGGGUCAGAGGGGGAGGUUCGGCUCGUCUCUGGCCAGCCUGGCAGACCUGAACGGGGAUGGGAUCAGGGACGUGGCAGUGGGAGCUCCUCUGGAGGAUGACGGACAGGGCAGCGUGUACAUCUUCAACGGGAGGAGACGAGGAGUCAACCCCGAAUACUCACAGAGGAUAGCGGGUUCAUCGGUGCGGUCCGGACUGCAGUUCUUCGGCCUGACUGUGGCCCAGUCUGCUUUGGAUCAGAGCCGAGAUGAACUGCCAGACAUUGCAGUCGGGUCCAAAGGAGAAGUUCUGCUGCUCAGAUCCCGUCCCAUCGUUUCCAUAGAAACCAAAGUGACCUUUGACCCUGCUAAGAUCCCCACCAGCAUCUCGGACUGCACUCAAUCUAAUACAAUCGUGGCCAAAAUCUGUUUCACCAUGAAGAAGAAGUCUCCUGUCACUUUAGACUUGCAAGCGUCCCUCAGAUACAACUUGACGCUGGAUGCGACCCGAUUGCAGUUCCGCGCCUCGUUCGGCGCUAAGAGACGCUCCCAGGCUGGACAGAUUGUUCUGCGACAGAGGGACACCUGCACAGAGCAGACCUUCUCUGUGGAGUGUUCCCCAGAGGACAUCCUGAGCCCUCUGUCCAACAGCUUGUCCUUUGCGUUUGAGGGGCGCCCCGUCCCACAGACGGAGAACCUGAAGCCCAUUCUGUCCCCCUCGUCACACACCAGCACCAUUCACACGCUGGAUUUUGAAAUCGACUGCGGGAAGGACAAAGUCUGUGUUGACAACUUGAAAGUUGACUUCAACUUCUCAGGGUCCACAGACAUAGCGGUGGGCAUCACACAGGAGCUGAGUAUUAUCGUCAUGGUGGAGAACAGAGGGGAGAACUCCUACAACACCCACAUCUCCCUCACCUACCCCCCCGGACUCUCAUAUAGGACAUUCAAAAAGAACCAGGGUCGGGUGGUGUGCAGAUCUCUGGACAGCGAGGAUGGACUCAGCCCCGGACUCAGCACCUGUGACAUCAGCAGGCCCGUCUUCAAAACCGGCGAGAAGGCAGUGUUUGUGAUUCAGUAUGGCAUCGACACCAACGGCCAGCUAGGCCAACGCGUGAACUUCACAGCAAAAGCAGACAGUGGGAAUGGAGAGCACGCUCUAGACAGCAUCACCUCCAGAACCAGAGACAUCGGAGUCAAGUACAGCAUCUACGUCAUCAUAAAAAGGUUUGAGGACUCAACGAACUACAUUAACUUCACUGCUGGUGAGAACAACUUGGCCAAUCCAGUGCAGCAGAAUUUACAGGUGGUGAGUGUCUGGAGGGACCUGCAGGUGACUGUGUUUGUGAAGGUGCCCAUCAGACUGGAGGAGCAGGACAUCUGGACAGAUGUGGAUAGUGUGAAGAUUGCUGGAUGUAAUACUUACAAUGACGUCAAGCCUGCAGGAGAUGUCAUAAAGAAACUGCAAAAGGAUCUCACCUUGGACUGUUCUGUAGCCACGUGUAGAGUGUUUACAUGUCUUGUCUUCCUGAGUGAGAACAGUCAUCGCUUCCUCAACAUCUCAGGAAACUUGAGCUCUGCUUGGAUUGAAAAGACUGGACUCAAAGAAGCUCAGUUCGAUCUGGUCACCGAGGCGACUAUGGAGUACGACCAAAACAAAUACAUCUACUUCUCUGACUCCAGGAAGCAGCCUCCCGUCUCCAAGAUCAAGACUGUGGUGGAGGUGUAUGACGUCCCCAACUUCACCAAGGAGAUAAUCGGGGGAACCGUGGGCGGGCUGGUCCUGCUCGCUCUCAUCACUGCUGGCCUUGUGAAGGCGGGCUUUUUUAAGAGCCAGUACAGAGAGUUGAUUGAGACGGCCGGACAAGAAACAGGUGGAGGAGAGCAGCCAGCUCCAGAGGAGUGACCCUGAAUGUGUGUGAGGGUGUGUGUGAGUGUGUGUGUUAUUCACACAUUCACAGUUAUCUUCUAUUGAUUUUUUAUGUUCUUUUUUUUUCUCUUAUUUGUUGUUAAUAUUGCUAUAUAUCGAGUCUGAGUAAGUGUGUGUGUUUUUUGUCGUAAAUAAGUGGCUACAUUUUUAUUUGUGUUCAUGACACAUGACCAAUAAAGUCCUCUAAAAUCAA